AGGAGUAUAAUUUUUUGCGCGUAAUUUGGAUAGAAGAUAUAUGCAUUUGCAUUUAUUCUUAAUCUUUUUUCAUUGAGACAUUCUUUUGGAAUUCUACUCGGUCAUUUCUUUCUAACGGAACGCGUUCUUUGUGAAUAGUUUUCCAUGUAAUAUUUGUCUGACGAGAGUAUUUUAUUCUUUACUCUUGUUACAUUGCAACUUUUUCCCCACCUCUUUUGCUGAUCCCGAAUGUUUCUGACAAAUCGACUUCUCAAAAAUAUGUCUAAGUUAACGAAAUUCAAUCUUUUAGUUAUUGGUGGUGGUUCCGGAGGUAUUGCGUGUGCUCGUAAAGCCGCUGAACUAGGUGCAAAAGUUGCUCUUAUCGAAAGCAGCGAUAUUGGUGGGACAUGUGUAAAUGUUGGGUGUGUUCCAAAGAAAAUUAGUUUUAAUUGUGCUUAUCAAGCAGAAUGUUUGAAAUACAUGUCAAAUUAUGGAUUUUCUGUUGAACUGAAAUCUGUUGACUUCAGGUCUUUUAAAUUAAAAAGAGAUGCUUAUAUCCGUAAACUCAAUGAUAUAUACAUUUCUAAUUUGAAGAAGAGUGGUGUUGAACUCAUUAAUGGAAUUGGCAAAUUUGUUUCAAAUACAGCUGUUGAAGUAAAUGGGGAAGAAUAUUCUGCUGAUCAUAUUGUUGUAGCAACUGGAGGCUAUCCAUUGAUUCCUAAUGUUCCUGGUGCAGAUUUAGGUAUUACAAGCAAUGGCUUUUUUGAACUUGAAUCCAUUCCUAGGUCUGUUUUAAUUUCUGGUGCUGGAUAUAUUGCAGUUGAACUGUGUGGUAUUUUAAAAGCAUUGGGAUCAGAUGUUUAUUUGGCUAUUCGACGUGAAAAGGUUCUUCGUACUUUUGAUAAUCUAAUCAGUGAUGUUGUUACAAAAGAAAUUGAAAACUCGGGUGUCCAUGUUCUUCGAAACUCCAAUAUUGAAUCUGUUGAAAAGGUUAAUGACAAUUUAAAAGUUUCUGUCAGUGGGAAAGAUCCUGUUCAUGUAGAAACUGUUAUAUGGGCAAUUGGAAGGAGUCCAAAUACAGCUUUGAAUUUAGAAAAAGCAGGUAUUGAAUUGGACGAAACAAAUCAUAUUAAAGUAGAUGCUUAUCAAAAUACUUCUCAAAGAGGUAUUUAUGCAUUGGGUGAUGUUUGUGGAAAAUGGCUUUUGACUCCAGUUGCUAUUGCUGCGGGUCGAAAAUUAGCAGUUCGUCUGUUUGGUGAUGAUCCUAAUGCUCUAUUAGAUUACUCAAAUAUUCCAUCUGUUGUGUUUAGUCAUCCUCCAGCUGGAACUGUAGGAUUUACUGAAGAUGAAGCUAUUAAGAAAUAUGGGAAGGAAAAUAUAAAAAUUUAUACAAGCAUGUUUACACCUAUGUAUUAUGCAAUAACUGAAGAAAAAAUUAGGUGCCAUAUGAAAUUAAUUUGUUGUGGUGUGGAGGAAAGGGUUGUGGGCCUUCAUAUGGUAGGCCCAAGCUGCGAUGAAAUACUACAAGGGUUUGCAGUGGCAAUAAAGAUGGGAGCAACCAAAAAAGACUUAGAUGCAUGUGUUGCUAUUCACCCUACCUCUGCUGAAGAACUGGUUACAAUGCGUUGAUGUUUUUUUUACACAAAUAAAGUAUUACAUAUUCAUUGUUAUUUGUUAAUAACAGUAUGUUAAAAAAAAUCUGGAAUUAUUUUUGUUUUGCUUGUGUUAAUUCUUGUGCAACAGUUGUAAAUAAUGUAUAAAAAUUAAUUGAAUAUAUUUGAAAUUUAAAAAAUAAGCAUUGUUUACCAAUGAUUCAUUGAUUCCUUAUAUACUAUAUGUAUAUAAAAACUUUUGAAUGCAUGAGCUUAUGCAAUAUAUAACAAUCUUUAACAUCAAUUAUCUUUCCCUAAAGACAUUGUAAAUAUGAAAUUAAUUUGAUUAUUGUCUUAUGAACCAUUUUUCUUAUUUCUUUUUUAUUAUUUCUAAAUAAUUUAAGUAACAAAUUUAAACUCCAGAAAAUUAUCUUGAAUUAAGAAUAUUUUUUCCUCCUGCUCUGAAAGAAUUUAUUCUUAUUGAUUGCAUUUUUAUUUCAUUUAAGUUUUUUUUUAAUGAUAUAUGAUUGCAAAGUUGUAGUAUCUGAAAGAAACCUCUCCUUCAUUGUAAGAUAUGUAUGAUUAAAGAAUUAUUUACAUAGCUCAGAUUAUUUAUGAAAUUAUCUUACUUCCAAGAAAAGGCUGCUUUUUAUUAUUAUUUUACAAAGUGGAAAAAUACAGAAUUUGAAAUUUGUAUGAUGAAUAUUUUAUUCACUAAGGACUUAACAUUUUUAUUUUGUUAAUAGUCUAUAUACAUAUUUUUAAAAUUUUUCUCCAGCUGCUUAUUUAUAUUAUAAUGACAAAAAAAAUUACUAAUUUGUUCAAUUAUUGUAUGAAUUUAGAGUUAAAAUUGCAUGUUUCUACCCAAAAAUAAAGAAUAAUUUUUAAGAUGUUUUGAUAGAUAUGAGACAAUGUAAUUUGCUUAAAACACUUUAAAGUUUUAUCUUAUCUUUUUAGCUUAGUGCUAUAAUGGAAACUUUCUCUCUGAACUUCGUACAAACCUACUGAUAAACUUGAUUUGUAUUAUUUCAUUGUAUAUCUCAGACUCUAAUCUUCUAUAUAUUUUAUAAAUGCUUUACUAUUUGUUAUGCUCACAUUUAAGGAUCUUUUAUAUAUUGAUUUUAUUCAACUUUGUUGAAAGAUAUAUGAUGAGAAUUAU